AUGUGUGCUCACGAGGGGAAACAAUACACAAAUGAGACUACCUUUAUCUCCCAAGGAUCAUUCCGAAUGAAAUGCGUCACUUUCAAAAACUUGACCUCCACUCUUGAAGUUGUUUCUUGCAUCACUCCAGCCGGUGUGGAGAUUCCGAUUGGUGCGAAAAUGGAAGAGGGAGAUAAGGUAUUCGAGUGCACGUCUGGCAAUGUAACAUUGAAAUCGACACCUGGACAAACUGGAAAAUGUAGAGGAACUUAUAAAGUUGGAGAAGAAUGGGUCGAGGAUUCAUUCAAACUAGCAUGUGAGCCAUAUGGAAAAGUUAGUCUGAAAAGUUGUUUCACGAAGGAAGGAACUGAAAUUCCAUUGGGAGAAGCUAGAAGAGUUCCAGCUGGAUAUGCAAUGGAAUGUGUCAUGGUUAAUGGAAAUGUUGCUCUUCAAACUGCAAAAAAAUUUGAUUGUGAAACCAACACUGGAGAGAUUAAGAAAAUUGGAGAAACAUGGAAUGAGGGAAACUUCAUUCGUCGGUGUGCCAACUAUGGAGUCUCUGAAAUCGUUGGGUGCUACGUCGAAAACAUCGGAUCCGUGGGACUCAAUCAGAACUUGACUUCUAAUGGUCUUCUCUACAUGUGCAUCCACCAAAACGAUCAGUUCAAAUUUAGAACAUUGAGAGCUCAAUGA